CGCCGAGGUGGUGUAGGGGUCUCUGGUGGCGGGUAAACACAACGAGACACAGAAGGAGAGAGAGAUGGACGACGACAGGAUUCUAGAGAGAGAGAGGAUUCAGAUCGAGCAGAUUCGGGAGCUUGAUUUCGAGGAGUUGCAAGUAGAGGAAAUCGAUGAUUUUCGAGAUUCCGACGAAGAAGAUGACCUCGCUUCAUUUCGCGUUAACUCCCACAUGACUCUUUCUGGUAAUCUUGGUGCUGAUGAACUUACUUUCAACCCAGCUUUGGCUUCUUUACAUACCUAUCUUGGCGAGGUUGAAGACACUCAGAACAGAAUUGCUUUUGUGGAUGGAGGCACCGUGUUGAAGAUCCCGCUUUUCUAUCUUGAAGGAGUAGUUCUAUUUCCAGAGGCAACACUUCCCCUUAGAAUUGUUCAACAUAGUUUCUUGGCUGCUGUUGAGAGAGCUUUAAACCAAGAUAACGCUCCAUGUACGAUAGGUGUGAUUCGUGUUUACAGAGAAGGUGCUCAGUUCAAGUAUGCUAGCGUGGGGACAACGGCAGACAUACGACAAUACCGUCGACUUGGAGAUGGCUCAUUCAAUGUUAUUACUCGUGGACAACAGCGGUUCCGUUUAAAGCGUCGGUGGACUGAUGUUGAAGGAUUCCCUUGCGGAGAGGUUCAGAUUGUUGAGGAAGAUGUGCCCUUGAGGACUCCCAGGGAUGCGUUUGGGAAGCUGGUACCGAUAAGCAACUUGCGAGGUCGCUGUCACACGAGCACAAUGGCUUUAUCUGCACCUCUUAGAGAUACAGACGAACAGUCAGUAACAUAUUCUGAAGAAAGUUUUGAAAGUGCUCUUUCUCUGUCAGAGAAAAGACUUCAUUAUUCAGCAGUUGACUCAAUCAUGGAUGAUUGGACGAGUAGUGAUGAUGAUCAAGCAGUCAGCUCUAGGUCCAUUGGAUGUUUAUCUUCUGGCAAAGACUGCGAAAAGGAAGACUGGCAAUCUGCAAAAGGCGAGACCUCUGUUUCACAAGGGAAAGCUCAUAAGCAAAAUAGGUUGACAAGUUUCCGGGAAAAUACUGAUCUAACCCGAUUCCGUAUGGCCCCAAGAGCAUUUUGGCCAUUCUGGGUGUAUGGGAUGUACGACUCAUAUUAUCUUGCUCAAAGAGCAGCUGAUCUGUGGAAGCAGAUAGUUGGGGUUCCAAACAUGGAGGCUAUAGUGAAUAAACCAGAUGUUUUAUCCUUUUUCAUCGCUAGUAAAAUUCCCGUAUCUGAGUCAAUUAGACAAGAGCUCUUGGAGAUUGACGGAGUCUCUUACAGAUUGCAACGAGAAAUUAAAUUGCUUGAGAGUUUUGAUCGUGUUCGAUGUAAACACUGUCAGACUGUCAUAGCAAGAAGAAGUGACAUGUUGGUUAUGUCUAGUGACGGUCCUCUCGGUGCCUAUGUAAACCCAUAUGGCUUUGUGCAUGAGAUAAUGACCUUUUACAAAGCUAAUGACAUAGCGCUUAGAGGUAGACCUGUUAAAAAAGACAGCUGGUUUCCUGGUCAUAGGGAGCUCCCGACUUUGGUUCAAAAACAAGCUAAAUUUCAGAGCAUUAGAUAUAAACCAUCUGGCGCAAUUUGUUGUAUGCUUGGACGAUUGCAAACUGUUCAACGUGUGAAACCCAGCUGGGUUGGCUUUUCACAGCGACAAACAAGAAGCUGAAGCCAUCGUCUUUCUGGGCAGUUCGGAGCUCACAGGUCGCCGAUGACAUUCGCUGAAAACGUAUUAAAACAGGUCUCACACUCACGGAUCAACUCGUGCUUCCUUACCAAAAUUUACCGUAUAAUAAAGGGUUGCUACCUUAAACAUCUUCCCUAACCGGAACUUCUUAUGAUGAUGAAUAUUACAAAAAUAGUUUGUGAAAUCAGAAGCGGAUUAGAGUACAGAGUCUAAAAGUAGUAACAAAACAGCUCGAGGAUUUGAUGUUUUCAACUUUUCAUCAAUACGGAUACAUACAUACAUUAUAUAUGUACACACGUGAAAGCAAGUGUUGUGGAGGAACCCUAGUUAGACUGAGUAUAAUAUUACAAGUUCUCUUAA